AUGGAAAAACAACAACCUCCCCAGUUUAGGGAGAUGGGUAUUGUGGUUUUGAUGCUGUUAUGCCUCUUUACCACCAUACGCACUUCAGUUUCUAUACAACAAGAAGAAGGAGGAGCAGAGGAAUUGAUUUCUUCUCAACCCAAAAAACGGGAAGACAGAGUUAUAGAAGUGAAGGGAGGGCCAGAAUCAGUUAUAUGGAUAGUGCAGCUCUCUGAUCUCCACUUUAGUGUCCACCAUCCUGAAAGAGCCCUUGACUUCAAGAAAAUCGUGGGACCUGCUCUUAAGAUGAUUAAUCCAUCUCUUGUUCUCAUCACUGGGGAUCUCACAGAUGGGAAAAGCAAGGACUUGUUAACAAUGAAACAAGAUGAGGAUGAGUGGAAAGAAUACCAGAAUGUAAUGGAAGAUGUUGCGAGAAGAAGUGGACUAGACAAGAGCAUCUUCUAUGAUCUCAGAGGAAACCAUGAUAAUUUUGGUGUGCCAGUCAUUGGUGGUUCCUUUGAUUUCUUUUCAAAUUAUAGUAUUAAUGGGCAGUUCGGAAGAAAAGCAAAUGUCAACAGCGUCACAGUUGAGAAUGGUGACCGCAUUCAUCUAUUCGUAGGGUUGGACAGCACAAUGUCUACUGGUUUACGAGGGCCAACUAAUCUUUUUGGGCAUCCAACUGACCAACUACUGACUCAAAUAGAUACACAGCUAUCGCAAUGGGAUUCUCAAAAAGGAAAACCUGUAACUAAGAUAUCCUUUGGGCAUUUUCCACUUUCAUUUUCAGCUUUCUCACACUCUGGGAAAAGCCUGAGAGAUGUUUUUCUAAAGCAUUCAGUAUCAGCUUAUUUAUGUGGGCAUCUCCACACAAGGUUUGGUAAGAAUUUGAAACGGCAUCACCAGUUGAAUGAAAAUUCUCUGUCCUCACGUAAGUAUUUUCAGUUAAACAUACACCAAGAACCUUCUGAGAGUACUAAAAACUGUUCGUUUCGAGCACCACCACUUAAGGAGUUCUGGGAGUGGGAGAUGGGUGAUUGGAGGAAAAGCAGAGCUAUGCGGAUUGUGGCUGUUGACAGAGGUCAUGUUUCAUACCUGGACAUUGACUUCAAAUCAGGAACCAAAAAAACCAUUGUGUUGCCCACAUUUCCACUGGACUCCCGCUUCAUGUCAACAUCUUCAUUACAUCAGAUGUAUGAAUGUCAACAUAUGGUCCCUUUUUCUUUUGAGACAAUCAGAUGUCUUGUGUUUUCUGUUUCUCCAAUCACAUCUGUUGUGGCUAGGAUCUAUGACACAAGACCAGGGAGCCCCCUUAUGAUCAUGGAGACAAUCAUGACCAAGUUUUUGAGGGAUAUAUCCAGGGGAGACAUUUAUGCAGCUGCAUGGAACUAUAAAGCCUUUGAGGAUCCGUCUCCUGAUAGAUUUUGGCUGCAAAUAGAAGUAAUCGAUGUAAUGGGAAGAUCAACUUUGUCUGAACUAAGGCCUUUUUCUAUAAAUGGUCUGAGCGCUAAGAUCUCAUGGAAAUGGAAGGAAUUUUUUGUCAUGGGUUGUCAAUGGGCUGCCUUGUAUUACCCAAUAUUCUGGUCUUCAAUAUAUUUAAUGCUCUCAAUUCUUCUUAUUCCAAAAAUUGUCCUCAUUUUCUCUAAGAAGCAGUACUCUUACAAGACUUUUAUUUCUGAAAAAGGCUUAAUAAAUUGUCUAGCAUGGGUUUUGCAGGACCUCUGCAGGGUUCCCGUAGUGUGGUUUGGUAUUUUAGGAUACUUGAUCUACCUCAUCUCGUGUCCCUGGCUUAUUGGGCAAGUUUUCACUGAUUGUGGGAACAGGGGUUACAUGACCUUCAUGGGAUGGGUGGUGAAAUCUUUCAACAGCAGGGAUAAGCACGAGUAUAUUGGAUCACCAGAUAUAAUGGUGGUUGUGCUUCCCCAUUUCUUCUUUGUGGUUAUGCCUUCUAUUUUGGUUGCUGGAGCAUUGGCUGCUGAAAGAGGUAUCUACAAAGAGCAUUUUCUAUUACUUUCAGGCAAGAAAGAAGACGAUGAUUCUAAUCAGAAGAAUAAGAGAUUGGGAAAGUAUGAUAACCAAGGACGUAGAAGAUCAAAAUUUUAUUUUGUAGAGAGGUGGAUUCGGAAAGGUCUCUUGGUGGUUUGCAUGGCGAUUUUUUGGAAGCAUUUUAUGAAUUGCAGAGCUCUCAUGAAAGCAUACGAGAUGAACCCAUUGAUUCACUUUCCAGUGUAUAGCCUUGCAAUUCCACUGCUGCUUGCGUACACUGUGUACAAAACCAGGAGUAUUCAAUGA